AUGUUGUUCAUAUUGGAUUGGAAACACCCCAGUUUCACCCUCUCCUGGAGGAGCCUGCUGGUUUAUCUCAUGUCUCCCCACCUCCUCUGUCUGGGAUCAGAUAAGUCCCAGCUCAGGGUGGUGGCACUGAGCAUCCCUGUCACUGCCACUGCAGGACAGGAUGUCAUGCUGCGCUGCCACUUGUCCCCUUGGGAGGAUACUUGGAACUUGGACAUCAGAUGGAUCUGACGCGGUUCCUCUGGUCAUGUGCACAACUACCAAAAUGGAGAGGACCUGGAACAGAUGGCAGAAUAUAAAGGGAGGACAGAACUGCUCAGGGAUUGUCACUCUGAUGGAAAUCUGGAUUUGCACAUUACUGCAGUGAGCUCCUCCAAUAGCGGCUCAUAUAUCUGCACUGUGCAAAAUGAUGGUGGCUAUGCAGAAGCUGUGGUGGACCUGGAGGUGUCAGAUCCCUUUUCCCAGAUUGUCCAUCCCUGGAAGGUGACUCUACUGGUCAUCACACUUUUGGUUGGGUCAUUUGUCAUCGUUGUUUUUCUCCAUAGAAAACAAGCAGCACAGACCAGAAAGCUGAGUGAGUCCCUCCAGCCCCUUCCAUAA